CACACUUCUACAUCUUCUCCAUCAUGCCCGGCACUUCCUUCAGUUACGACUUCAGCUCCAAGGUCUACACCGGAAAGACCUCUUUCAAGACCGGUGUCUUUAUCAACAACGAGUUCCGGGAUGGCUCUGAGGGCACGACCAUCGACAUCAUGAACCCUGUGACGGGUGGGGUCCUGACUCAGAUCUCUGAGGGUACUGCCCAGGAUGUCGACACCGCUGUGCAGGCAGCGAAGGCAGCGUUGGCGACGACUUGGGGCCUGAAGUGCCCUGGUGCCAAGCGUUCGCUCCUGAUGAACAAGCUCGCGAACUUGAUGGAGGAGCACCACGAUGAGCUUUCUGCUCUCGAGGCCGUUGACGUCGGAAAGACGUUCAACUGGGCUAAAAACGCGGAUGUCGCUGCGGCGAUCGCGACGAUCCGGUACUACGCCGGGUGGGCAGACAAGAUCCUGGGCCAGGUGAUCGAGACGACGGAGGCGAAGCUGGCGUACACGCGCCACGAGCCGAUUGGUGUCGUCGGGCAGAUCCUGCCAUGGAACUUUCCUCUCCUGAUCAUGUGCUGGAAGCUGGGCCCUGCUCUUGCGACGGGUAACACGGCUGUGAUCAAGCCUGCUGAGGUGGCGCCGCUGUCGUGCAUCCGGAUGUGCGAGCUGAUUGUCGAGGCUGGGUUCCCUGCUGGUGUUGUGAACAUGGUGACUGGCUACGGCCACACCGUUGGCACUGCGAUCACGGCGCACAAUGGGAUUGAGAUGGUGUCGUUCACUGGAUCGACGUUCACGGGUGGCAAGGUGAUGGAGAAUGCUGCGAACAGCAACAUCAAGGACGUGACUCUCGAGCUCGGUGGCAAGGGACCGUGCAUUGUCCUCGAGGAUGCCGACAUCGACAAGGCUGCGAACUGGGCCGCAUUCGGUGUCUUCUGGAGUCAGGGCCAGGUCUGCUGUGCUGGGUCGCGUAUCUUCGUGCAGGAGAGCAUCUACGAGAAGUUCAUCGCACGGUUCACGCAGGUGGUGCGGUCGAUCAAGGCUGGUGAUCCGUUCGGCGAGUCGAUCUGGCACGGACCUCAGGCUUCGCAGCAGCACUUUGACCGCAUCAUGGGCUACAUCCAGUCUGGCAAGGACGAGGGUGCGACGGUCGCCGUCGGUGGCAACCGGAUCGGCACUGAAGGCUACUUCAUCGAGCCCACCGUGUUCACGGACGUCAACCCUAACAUGCGGGUGGUCAAGGAGGAGAUCUUCGGUCCCGUCGCUGUUGUGCUGAAGUUCAAGGACCAGGCGGACGCGAUCCGUCAGGGCAACGACACGGAGUAUGGUCUGUCGGCGGCGAUCUUCUCGGAGAACAUCACGAAGGCGAUUGAGACUGCGCACCAGAUGCAGGCGGGUAUGACGUUCAUCAACUGCAAUGUGUCGCCUGAGUGCCAGGUGCCAUUCGGUGGUAUCAAGAAAAGUGGUAUUGGUCGUGAGCUUGGCGAGUACGCCCUCCGCAGCUACUACACUGUGAAGGCCGUGCACGUCAACCUCGGCCUUGAGAUGAACAUCGGCUAAGCGAUGUGUGCGGCAUUGUUUCAUGUUUAUUGGGAUCUCGUAGUAUUAGAUGAAGACAUAGAACCGCAUAACUUGUAUUUAUCACCCACAUUCGAAUCGAACAGGCACUGUUCAAAACAUCAUUCAAC